UUCGAGUACGGCGCCCGCCCAGCGCCCGCCGGGACGAGGAGGCUGGAUGAGGACUCGCGUCCCGGGGCGUUCGGCAGCCCCUCGGGCAUGCGGCGGGUUGCGGGGACUCUGCCCUGCCCUGCAGCCGAGCGGGGACAUCAGGAAGACAGCCUCCUUCAGAUGAUACAGAACUUACUGACAGUUGCUCUUGCUCCAGUCCUACUUCAUGAGAACUUCCGAAGAUACUAACUGAGGCUGCUAUUCCUGAGGUGCAUCUCCACUAUAAAGGGAAUAUCCCCACUGUACUUCAGAGUCUCCAAAUCAAGCUUCAUAAAAAUAUGGAAUAGGUUCAAGCAGAUGGUACGUGAACAAUACACUACAACAACACCAGGCACUAGCCUAGAGAGGCCAAAGAAUGAAUAUGUCUACAAAAUUGGAAUUUAUGGUUGGAGAAAGCGUUGCCUCUACCUGUUUGUUCUACUCCUGCUAAUCAUCCUAGUUGUGAAUUUUUCUUUGACAAUUUGGAUUCUUAAAGUGAUGUGGUUUUCUCCAACUGGAAUGGGGCAUCUACGUGUUACAAAAGAAGGCCUUCGUUUGGAGGGAGAAUCUGAAUUCUUAUUCCCACUUUAUGCCAAAGAAAUCCAUUCUCGAGUGGACUCAUCACUGCUUCUCCAGUCUACUCACAAUGUGACUGUGAAUGCUCGCAACUCUAAUGGAGAAGUCACAGGCAGAUUAAACGUGGGUCCUAAAAUGGUAGAAUUCCACGGCCAACAGUUUCAGAUCAACUCAAAGGAUGGCAAGCCACUUUUUACAGUGGAUGAAAAUGAGGUUGUCAUUGGCACAGAUAAACUUCGAGUCACAGGGCCUGAAGGAGCACUUUUUGAACACUCCGUAGAAACACCGCUCGUGAAGGCAGAAGCUUUUAAACAGCUAAGGCUGGAGUCACCAACUCGAUCUCUGAGCAUGGAUGCACCAAGAGGCAUUAAUAUCAAAGCACAAGCAGGGAAUAUUGAAGCUCUUUCCCAGAUGGACAUCAAACUGCACAGCAGUGAUGGAGUGCUUUUGCUCGAUGCAGAAACGGUGAGAUUGCCUAAGCUGCCUGAGGGUACAAGAGGAGGUCCCGGUGUGUCCCAGGGACUGUAUGAAAUCUGCGUUUGCCCAGAUGGAAAACUUUACUUGUCAGUGGCUGGUUUGGGUUCCACAUGCCAGGAGUACAGCCGGGUCUGCCAAUGAAGCACCACAACAGGCAGCACACGCCCUUGCGAUUCCCAGUUUUAUAUUAACGCUAAAAAGCAUCGACUGAAAGUGGAAUUUUCAGCAUUUUAAAUACAAAGUACCACUGUUUAGGAAACAAACCUGUGUCUACAGCUCUGGAUUACAGGGUGACGGGGAAAGGAGAGCACAAUUGGCAUUUCAACUACAGAAGAAUAACUUGACUCUGAUGAUACAUUCUGGCAGUCACACUUUGAAAACAGCCUGACAGAGAACGUAAGGAACAAUAAAAGGAGUGGUUUUUUUGCUGAACUAUUAUUCGGUCAGAUGAUUAUGUAAUUGCUAAUAUUUUUGAGCUCUGUGGGUUUUUUCUCUCACUACAUGUAAACACUUACGGCAUUAGUGGGUUACAUUAAACUGAGUGAACUACUUGAACUAUUUGAUAAGACAGAGCAUUAUUUGGGGGAAUUCAGGCAGUGCCAGAAAAAGGUCUAUGCAAUUUUGUUCUUGCAAUAACACAAAAUAUGAAAGAUGUGCUGUUUGUAUAAGUCUUGUGGAAAAGGUGUUAAUUUGUUGAUAGCUUUCUAUUUUGAGUUGGCAACAUAGAUGCUGAUUUGCUUAUCACUAAGAUUCACUAACCAAUGCAAAAGUUCCAGGAGUCCUUUACACCUUGCUGCGUCUUCAAAGUUUUUCACUGAAGUAUGUCAGUAUAUUUUAUAAUAGCAAUAGUUGUACUGCCUGUACCACCACACUCAUUUUAAAAUGCCUUUUUAAUUUUAGGACAUGCUAAUUCAACAAGGCAAAUUGCUCUGCCAUCUGGACAGAAAUAAUCGUUAAUGCGGCUCCAGUUUGUCUGCUGCAAGGAAUCACUGGGGCGGUGGGGGAAAAAAAAUCCUUUUGCAGCCCACAGGAUUCAGUUAUGAGGACUAUUCCAUUUCCAUCUGCAGCUGUUGACUGAUAUCUCUGAUGCUGGGACUCCACCACAAGUGGGGAGAGUAAAACUACUCUUUGGUUUUUUUUUUUACAUUAGGACUUUAGAUAUCAAGUAAAUGCUCACCAGAGCCCAGAGACCAUUUAUUGACCUUGAAGAGAAACGAGACCGCAGACUCAUUCCCCUGUACAGUGUUGCACUGAACACUAAUAAAUUGUUUGCACACCUCCAGACAGCAGAAUUUGUAUUUAAUAAUCUCAUAGUAUUUCAAUGCCAUUGAUGCUGUUUUGUAUACACUUAAUAUUCUCCCAAGUAGGAGCUGCUAUCACAUAGUGCCUUGGAGUCUAUUUACCAUAAUGAUUAUUAAACCAACUCAUGCAAACUAGGAGAGCUUCAAUGGGAAAAGGUAGGAGACACGAGAGCUGAAAUUUUGUGUCCCUUCAGUCCAGGGAGGCAAAUGAAUAAAGGUCUCCCAUGACUGCUAACAUCAUGCCUGAGGGCGAAGCAGGAAGUCAUACAGCUUCCAUGACUGAAAUUCCUUUUGCCAGGGCUCAGGGAUCUGUCUCCAGGAUUGAGCCCAGGGCUCUUGUCUCUAAAGAGGGGAAUAUUUCUCUACUACUGAAUAAUGCAACUAAGCCCUCAGUUGAAACAGGCUUUAACGGAAGCAUGUCUUUGGCAUUUCUUUAAAGUCAGUUUAAGUGGUUGCAGCUCCACCUACAAAUUCUUGCAGACCAAAUUAAGAGUAGCCUUUGUUUAUCCAUUGAAUGGAAAAUCUGUGUAAGUAAAGGACAGCAGUCCACUGCUAGAAAUUUGGAGGGCUGUAAUGUUUGUAAGCAGUCCAACAGUGAAACAGAGACUAAAGUCCUCAGAGAGUUCAGUCACCAUCUAGCUUCAGACAUCCGAGUUUUCCUCAUACCUAUGAUUCUGAAAGGAAAGAUCAUAUAUACAUCUCUAUGUGGUACCAAACUACCAAUCUACCACUCCUAAUAUCUAAAUUUUAGCCAAAGACUGAAAUUAAAUGUAUUAUUCACAUAUAUAUACCUAUUCUGCUGCCCAUGAAAAUAAAGCAAUUUGAGUUACUCAUUUUAAGCUUCCGCUUUGUGGGCAUAUUUUCAAACAUGAAUUGCCACUUAAUAUGGAGCAAGGGACUGAAUCCAGCCUGUCUGUAUUUCACAAGAGUAACCUAAUGCCUAAAAUGCUGGGUGUUUGGAAGCAGUUUCUGUUGCAACUUUGUCCAUUGAAGUUGCUCUGCCUUAGUUAACAUUUACAAAGCUGUGGUGUAAACCUAGGAAAGUAGGAAAAUAACAAUACUGAGCAUUAUGACACCUCAGUUAAAUGUUGAAGUAAUUAUUGCCUUUCUGUGCAGAGCAUACUUUCUGACCUGCCUAAGUCCAGAGGUGAAUUCUGAGUAGUGCAGAGAUCUGCUGUGCCCUGAGCUGGGCCAUUAUCCAAAUCACGUUUGUCUUUCUCUGUUAUUUUAUACUUCAUUCUUCUUUUUGUUGUGCUGCAAAAUGGAUAUUGAAAACAUAACUGCAUUUUUUAAAUUGUAAGCAGAAAAACUACAGGGUUUUUUAAAGCAUGGAUAACAAUAUUAUUAUUAUUUUUGUCACUGAAGAACAUUUUGGGCUUUUCUCUUUUAAUUCUGGUUAGUGAAGAAAUUAAGCUUAUGCUAACGUUAUCACAGUGCAGUCAGUUGACACUAUCACCUGAAUUGUCAGUGUAGUUCAUACGUUACUAAAUUAUAUCUAACAUCUCCAUACGGACAACUUACCAUCAAUUUUAAAUACUUAUAGAUUAUUGUUUCUCCUUGAAUCAAACUCUAGUAAGAGUUUAGUUAGAGACUAGUUAGUGUAAUGUAGUCUCUCUAGUUAGAGACUAACAGAAACUAAAAAGUACCACCCGGCAGCAUUGUGAACUGCAUUAGGGCAUAUUUCCACCCCCCUAAAAAAAAGAAUAAUGAUUAAUUAUGGCAAUUCUUAUAGCUGGUUGAGAUUACUAUGUGUUGGAAAAAUAAAAAGGUCAAAUGAUAGUAAAUACUUACUGAUAAUAGCCCAGACCCAGCUGUCUUUGUUUCUGCUUCAGUUCUUUAUUAUUGACAUUUGUUGAUCUUUUUUAUAAAGCUUUGUGCAAAAGGAAAUGGAGAGAAUAAACUGAAAACUGAGUUCUUAAAUAAACUUUAUACAUUUUGAAAAA